AUGUUUGUUUUGUUGCUUUUCAGCGCAGCUGUGGUGGCGGCUGCGCCGUCCAGCUCUGCAAUUAGUGUGAGCAAGAGGGUGCCGAAGGAUGCAGCCUCAGGAGUCCUGGCUCCGUUUGUCUCGUUUUCGAUCGAGUUUUCUUCUUUUCCUGACUUUGCAGGAAACAAAUCCAAGCCAAAUAAAUUUUCCAAUCAACUGCUGGACAACCUGGCAGACCUACAAGGCGUGAAGCCUUACAUUCGAGUGGGCGGAAAUACCCAGGAUUUCGCAUUAUAUGACCCCAAUCUUAAGACCCAGAUUAAUGGCACUAUAGUCCCGUCCGUCUCCAAUGACUAUCCAUAUAUUAUCUCCAUCGGCCCGUCCUACUUCGAGGCGUACAACACUUGGCCAGGUGUGAAGUUCAGCCAUGGAUUCAAUCUCGGAAAGAAUGCGACUGCGGCCAUGGAGACUCUGAUUUCAACUGUUCCACUAGCAUGCAAAGCACUCAGCAAUGACAACUUUGCCCACUGGGAGUUGGGCAAUGAGCCGGAUUUAUUUGCCCGCCAAGUUCGCCCGGCAAAUUGGACAGAUGGUGACUACGUCGAUGAAUGGCUGUCCAAGACGCGCAUUAUUCAGCGCCAAUUGUCCAAGGCCUGCCCCGAAAUGUUGACCCAAGGCGAGUACAAUUAUAUUGCUCCUUCAUUUGCGGGUACCGCGAACCGUCUGGAUCCUGUCAAAACUUGGGAAGCUGGCCUUAACAACGACCAUGACGUUGGGAUGAACUCCAUGCAUAACUACAUGGGCGGCGCAGACUCUCCAGGUGUCACACUCGCUCAUACUCUCAUGAAUCAUACCGCGGUCAUCAGAAGCGUUGCGAACCACGUUGCUGUGAUGAACAACUUGGAGGAAAAUAACUUGGCCAAAGGAAUCCCCUAUAUCCUGGGCGAAAUGAACUCCCUCUAUCACCAAGGAAAGCCAGGUCUAUCGAACUCAUUUGGUGCCGCGCUUUGGGGCGUCGACUUCAACCUGUACUGUGCCUCUCAGAACAUUCGUCGCACCCAUAUGCAUCAGGGAACAGACUAUCGAUAUGCAUCUUGGCAACCAAUUGAAACCAACAAAACAUCAAUGGGUACUAAAGCACCGUACUACGGCAAUGCGAUGGUGGCGGCUAUGCUGCAUGGCGGUAAAGACGGGCACGAGUCAGACGUUCAGGUGGUCAACCUCCCAAUGACCCAGGAAACAGAAGCUGCCUACGCGGCAUAUAUCAAUGGCAAGCUGGCCCGUCUCGCGGUGAUCAAUAUGCAAGAGUACAACUACACGGGUACAGAUGCCGCCUCGGCCUCCCGACCAUCCGCUACUUACCAGUUUCAUUUGUCCGGGAUUUCGAGCAAAUCCCUAUCGGUGCAGCGGCUGAUGGCGAAUGGGACUGAUGCUAUCACGGGUAUCACCUGGGAUGGCUGGUCAUAUAACUACGAAUUGAAGGGUGGUAGCCCCGUUCGGAUGGCGAAUGUCACUAUUGGCCAGAUUGUGCAGGUGGAUUCCAAGGGGUUGGUGGAACUGGAGUUGCCGUUUUCGAGUGCUGCUAUUUUAAACUUCUAGUUUGAGUCUUAUUAGCCUAUAGAUAAGGAGGGCAGAUUGUGGCUUGUUAGUGAACAGCGAGAUAUCCAUUUCUUGGGGUGUG